AGUCGAAUGUCAAAACACUGUAGCAAAAAUGUCCGGUGGUCUUGAUGGAAAGUGAGGCAUAAUUUACCCUGUAUUGUUAAAACAACCCGCUCUUAGGUUGAAAGAAGAUCGAUUAAAGUAUGAAAGCUCAAGAUCAACCCAAAAGACCGUCAAGUUGGAUGCCUUUAGCGGAGCCGCUGUUCGGAGUUGCAAUUUACAACUUCGAUGGAACUGGCCGCUAUAUGUUGCCGCUACUCAUCGGAGAAACGGUCAAAAUCGUCGAAGAGUGCGGAGGGUGGUACCGGGGUUGCAAGGUCAGGAACCGCAAUGUUCAGGGAAUUUUUCCAGCGUCAUUUAUCAAAACCAAGGACUGGAAUAUGCAAUCAAAUAAAAGAGAUGCUGCCUUAAUCCAAGAAAUGACCAGUGUAUUGAGAGAAUGGGGUUUAAUGUGGAAACAUUUGUACCUGGAGAAAAAUCUGGACUUGUUCAACUUGAUUACCAAACACAUGGAUGAUCUAAUGGUUUGGAGAAGACAAAUAUCAGGUGGAACCCUCACUGUGGAACAAGUUUCCAAGCUCAAACAAAAGGUUACUGCUGCAAUAGAUUAUGGCAACAGGGUUCUAGACCUUGAUCUUGUUGUUCGUGAUAAAGACGGGAAUAUUCUUGACCCAGAUGUCACUGGUGUGAUUGAGCUUUACAGAAGACACGAUAGCACACAAACUCGUAUUAGUGAGGAGGAAACCAAAACCAGUUUCCCAGAAGUUCGAUUUUACUCCAAUCCUAUCCAUUCUCUCUACAUCAACAUAAAAAACGUUGUGUGCAAUAUCGGAGACGAUGCUGAUGUUUUUGUCACCCUGUAUGAGCCUCCAGGCCUGAAUGGAAAGGAAGGCCGAUUCAUAAGUGAACAUUACCUGGUAUCCUGGGACAAACAUGGCCUACCAAAAGAUUUAAAUAAGCUUCACAACAUGUGCUGUCUUUUCACUGAUCUUGGAAGCAAAGACCUUGAACGGGAAAAGAUUUAUGUUGUUUGCCAAAUUGUUCGAGUUGGUCGUUUGGAAUUGAAAGACGUUGUGAGUAGGAAGACGAAGCUCACACAGGAUUUGAGAAGACCCUUCGGCGUCGCAGUGUUGGACGUGACUGACUUCAUUCACAGGAAAAUAGAAAUGGAAGAGGAUAAAGAACGUUUUCUUCCUCUUCUUACGAUCGACAAUACCGAAUAUCUUCAUCAAUGGAUCACGAAAGCCAUCUCUCGGUCAAAUGCUGAUAAUCCUUCGAAAGGACAAGGUAUUUGGAUUUCAGCGCGACUCUUACGUGGCGAUAAAGAUCAGGCUGCGUUAGCGAAUCCGGCAAUAAUCAACAACAGAACUUCAAUCGCAAGGAAACUUGGAUUUCCUGAGGUCAUUAUGCCCGGUGAUGUUCGUAACGACAUGUUUAUUACGAUUGUGGCAGGAAAAUUUGACAAAGGCGAUAAGACUGCAAAUAAAAAUGUCGAGAUGACGAUGCGCGUUUGUGACCAAUCAGGGAAAGUUGUGCCAAACGUAAUCAGUUUGGGUGCAGGGGAGCCUCUUUUAACAGAAUAUCGUUCGUGUGUCUACAGACACUCGCUCACACCAGAAUGGCACGAGACUGUCAAGCUGGUUAUCCCGAUUGAUUACUUCUACUCUUCACACUUGACAUUCACUUUUAAACAUCGCUCUUCAAAUUUCGACAAAGACAAAGGUCAGAAAAUUACUAAUUUUGCUUAUGUGAGAUUAAUGAACGUGAAAGAUGGAACAACCUUGCUUGAUGGUGAUCACGAUUUAGUUGUUUACAAGUGUGAUACGAAAGAAAUCAAAGACAACAGUUACUUCAAGUUGCCCUCGUUGAAAAGUGAGCUUCAUCUGCCUGCUGGAACGCUCAGCAAAUCUAAUGCUUUAUGUGUUGGUCAGUUAACAUUGAGCCAUAAAGAGUCGUUUCAAAUCACAUCGUUGCUGUGCUCAACAAAACUCACCCAAAAUGUCGAUUUACUGGGUCUCUUGAAAUGGAAGUCUCAAAUGAAUAAUCUGCGGGUUAUUUUGCCCCAAGUAACGAACGUAAAGGGCGAAGAGAUUGUGAAGUUUUUACAAGACAUCUUCGAUGCAUUGUUCGCCAUUUUAAUGGAAAGUCCGGACAAAUAUGGAAAAUUAGUUUUUGACGAUUUGGUAUUUGUCAUCAAUCUGUUGGCAGACAAGAAGUAUUCUCAUUUUAGACCAGUUUUAGACACGUAUAUUGCUGAUUUAUUCUCCGCCGCAAAAGCUUACGAUACCCUUAUAUGUGUCAUAACUCAAUACGUAAUGGUUAUAACUGAAUGCCGCUCUCCCAAGUUGGAUUUGGUCAAGUUCGACUACAUAUUUAAGACAAUGAAGGCGAUUGAGUACAUUUUCAAACUGAUUAUCCGCUCAAGGCUGUUGUACGAGAGGACAUCGAGUGACCCUAAUCCGGAGAAAUUUCGAGAUGAUUUGAACAGACUCUUUCGGGUAUUGGUCGCUAUGAUGAUGGACACAAAGAAUGAGACCCUCAAAAUUCAGGGUCAAGCUUUGAAGAAUAUUCCUUCCAUUUUUGGUCAUGCUUUGAAGAUUUAUGAUCCCGUUCUUUUAGGGGAAUUUGCUCGAGAUUUGAUCACCAACAUUCCUCAGGGUCGCCUAAACUCCCAAAAGUUGACGUGUAUUCAUGAUAUGGUGAAGAGCGAGUUGUUUCAAAAUGAAGUGUCUCGGCAUAUUUUGUUGCCAAUGCUGACACGAGAACUCUCUCUAAACUUAAUACAAAAAUCAGAGAUGAAAGUUUGUGCGGACAUCAUUUCAGAUCUUUUGGUCACCCUGAAUCAACAAAAUGUUGGACAAACGUUUGACGAUGUUCAUACGAUUUCCCUGACGUUGCUGCAUCCAAUCCUCAAUGCAGUCAUCAGAAUUGAAAGAACCGAGCAGUAUGCUGGGAAAUACUUCGCCUGUUUUAUUUCGCUGUUAAGUCUCAUGAGUAUUGAACAUUACGAUUUGUACGUCGUAUCAUUUGAGGAUCGUGAGAGAUUCACGGAUUUCCUGAUUACUUUAUUCAUGCAUUUUCGUGACAUCAUUGCGCACAGUUUUUAUCAAAAAGAUUGGGUCACGAUGAUUAUGGUACAAAAUAAUGUGAUCGUGAGGGCAUUGAAUUAUUUCUCAGGAGCGCUCGAAACCAAUUUCUUAGAUUUUGACGGUUUUAAUAUUCAGCUGUGGACGAGUUUCUUCGAGUUGUCAGUCUCCUUCAUCACCCAAGGACCUUUAAAUUUGGAAAAUUUUACCGAAACGAAGAGAAGCAAAAUUUUAUCAAAAUAUGGCGAUAUGCGAAAAAGUGUUGCUCUGAAAAUCCGUGAUAUGUGGCAAAAACUUGGGAGUCACAAAACGAAGUUUAUUCCCGGACUUGUUGGACCGUUCUUGGAAAUGACCUUAAUCCCUGAAGAAGAAAUAAGAAAAGACACGAUUCCCAUCUUUUUUGACAUGAUUAUCUGUGAAAACAAUGCUAAAGGUGGUUUCAGAGAGAUUGAAAAUGAGAUCAUAAGAAAAUUGGAUAUUAUUCUUGAAAGUGGAAGGGGGGACGAAGAGUACAAGGCUCUAUUUGGACAGAUUUUAUCCAGCUUGUUCUCAGUCAACCCGAAGCUUUGUCACGAUGGUAAACGUUUUGUUGAGACCAUCACAACGUUGCUGGAGAAAUUGUUGGACUAUCGGACUGUUUUGAACAGCGAUGAUAGUAUUGACAAUCGUAUGAGUUGCAUCGUGAAUUUGUUGAAUUUUUAUAAGGAGAUUAAGCGUGACGAAAUGUAUAUUCGGUAUCUGUACAAGUUAUAUGAACUCCACGUCAGCGUAUUAAACUACACUGAAGCAGCUUUCACUCUGCUGUUGCAUGCUGAUAUAUUGAAGUGGAGUGACGAUGCUAUCAGCAUAGAUGACCAUGGGAAAUUUCAGGCUGAAACUCAGAGGUGUAUGAAAGAAAAAUUAUUUAAAGAGAUCAUUGAACUUUUCAACAAAGGACAGACUUGGGAGGAGGCGAUUAAAUAUUGCAAAGAACUCGCUGAACAAUACGAGAAAGAGACGUUUCAGUAUGUCGAACUUGGUCAAAUCUUGCGGAAAGAGGCUGGAUUUUUUGAUAAUAUCGUGACGAAAUUAAGAGCUGAGUCUUCGUACUUCAGAGUUGGUUUCUAUGGUCAAGGAUUUCCCACGUUUUUGCGGAACAAAGAGUUUAUCUAUCGAGGAAAGGAUUACGAACAAAUUGGGGACUUCACAGUUCGAAUACAAAAUAAUUUCCCAACAGCCCAGGUGAUGACUAAGCUAACUCCACCUGGUGAAGAUAUUAAAAACUCGAACGAACAGCAUCUUCAAAUCAAUCUAGUCGAUCCAGUUCCUAUUGAGAGAAGAAAGUACCAAGGAAAAGUCAUAUCGGAACAGAUUACGCAGUUUUAUGAACGAAACGAGGUGAAUCAAUUCAAGUAUGAUAGACCUUUUCAUAAAGGGAAAAAAGACAAAGAUAACGAGUUUGCUACGUUGUGGUUGGAACGAACCUGUCUCCAAACAAAAUAUCGUUUCCCGGGAAUACUUUGUUGGUUUGAAGUGACACAUAUAUCAAGAUAUGAAAUUACACCUCUAAAUCUGGCUUUGGAAACGAUGGAACAGAAGAACCAGGAACUAAAAACGUUGAUCUCCAGGUAUAAAAAAAAUCCUCAGCAGAAUAUCAACCCGUUGAGUAUGUCUUUGAAUGGCGUCAUCGAUGCCGCUGUGAUGGGAGGAAUUGCCAACUACACCAAGGCUUUUCUUUCGCAAGAAUUUUUAAUGCAAAACCCGAACGAUGCACAUAGCGUUGACCGAUUGAAACAGUUGAUCAUUGAUCAGUAUGACAUACUGAAAAGUGGAAUGGCUGUUCACAAAGAGCUUGUUACUGACGCUUUAAGACCAUUCCACGACCAGUUGGAAAAACGAUUCGUGGAAUUGAUGGCGCUUAUUCCGCCGAGAAAGAAAAAGACUCCUCCUUUCCAUAGGCAAUAUAACAGUGUUAAAGAAAGACAGAAAAGGAUCUCAACACCCGUACGAAGUGGAAGCACCGUCGGCGGACACAACAGGAGUACGGUGAUAAUUGACAAUGAUCUGGGACCGACACCUGAGGAAGCACCGCCAUUAUUGCCUGAAAAGCACAUGUCCAUGAGCCCGGAAAAAGGACCACCCUUACCAAGACGCUCCGUGGCUAACGUUUUAGUUCAAGGCUCGCCAACACUAUCACGAUCACCAAGAUCGGACGACGAACAGCCGCCUCCGAAACCCGAACGCGAACGAAAGUCGACGAUGGCUCGACCGACUGAUAUCAAUAUAGAAAAUGGACCAGCGCAGCAUGCAAUGCAGAGGGCGGUGACACCUGAAGGAGAGGCACCCCCCAGACCACCGAAAACCCCGAAGAAGACGUAAUUUGCUGGAAAAGUGAAGAUAAAAAGAUAAAUAUUUUUUUUAAUUUGAAUAUGCAAUUGAAACUUCUAUUUUUUCAAAUUGAAUUGGGCACAGAAUCAGACUGAGCUGGUUGUGUAAUAUAUGAAAAUCAAGACACCAGUUCAGGUGUUUACUGGUAAAUUAGUAAGCAAAUACACAAUUUUAAUAACUAAUGUCAGCCAUAUAUCUUUGAACUGAGAAACUAUUUUUUACGUGCAUUCAUAUUGUUAGGCUUAACACAGAAAAUAACCCGUAAUUUUUUUCUAACAGAUAUUUGGUAAAAGUAUGAAAAACUUCCCAGUAUUGCAACAAAUUAUAAUCCUACAGAUUUCUUAAUUGAUGAUUGUGAUUAUUCCACGGAAGUUGAGGAUCUAACAACAGGCUGAACGAGAGGUCGGCGAAUCGGAAGAACGCAAAUCGAG